AAAACCCACAAUUGAAUCUCAGCACGACCAGGAAGACGUUCAGACAAGCCAGCUCGUCAUGCUGUGUGAUCAGCUAGACAAAAGUUCCGAGCAGGAGAGACACAGAGAGAUCCUAGGCUGGGAUGGAAGGUGGGAUACCCGAGAGGAUGGGUCGACAGGGGGGACCACCCCCGGCGGGGUUCCUUCCCUGACAAGCGAAUCAGAGACACUGGGUCUCACAAAUCGAGCAGGUGGGGUCAAGGGCGAACCAGGAACCAUGCGGCUGCACCCGAAGAACGCGACCACCGACCUUUUUGGUCUCUAAAAAGCAACUUCAAACCACGCAACGCAUACAAACACGACUGACGCGUUUGACACCAGAGACAUUCAUGCCGUUUCUCUUGUGUUUGUCCCUUGAACAACGUCUUCUUUUGCUAACUAGGCACUCGCCCUCCAACCCCGGCCGGGACCAUCCUUCGAGCUUCAGUCACUUCUCACACGCGCCAG